UCAGGCAGAAGACAAUAACACCUCGACUUGACGAGCUCGGCUGGUUUGGAUGGAGAACACAAGCAUGCUAACACCUUUGAAACAGCCGAUUGUGUUUGAGCUGGAGGGUUUCCACGUACCGCAGGGCCAGGGCUCUCUCCUCUUCUUCCUGGCUCUGCUCAACUACAUCGUGGUGCUGCUGGGGAACGGGCUGGUGGUGAGCAUCAUCAUCUACGACAGAGCUCUGCACAAACCCAUGUACAUGAUGGUGUGUAACUUAGCCGCCUGCGACCUGCUGGGAGGCUCGGCCAUGCUGAUCCGCCUCAUGAUCCACUUCCUCACGGGGCAGAAGAGGAUGCCCUACGCCACGGCCAUCGCCCAGGCCUUCUGUGUGCACACGUAUGGUGCCGCAGUGCAGACCAUUCUCGCUGCCAUGGCCUAUGACAGGUACGUGGCUGUGUGUGAGCCGCUGAGGUACCACGCCAUCAUGACGUCGGCUCGGCUGCUCUCCUGCUGCGCCCUGGCCUGGCUGGUGGCUUUUGUCUGUAUUGGCGUGCUCUUUGCCCUCAACGUGGGCACGCCGCUGUGUGGCAGCACCAUCAAGCACGUUUACUGCAGCAACCGCUCUAUUCUGAGGCUGGCCUGUGGGCCCACGCCCAUAAACAACAUCUAUGGCCUGUGCAUGACGUGGUCCGUGAGUACAGGCACCUUCCUCAUCAUCGCCUUUUCCUACAUCAGAAUCCUGCACGCCUGCAUAAAACAAGGCAGGAAUGACCGCAGCACCCGCAGCAAAGCCUUUCAGACGUGUGCAUCACACCUCGUUCUUUAUGUUCUGUAUGAAAUUUCCACUAUGAUUCUGAUUUUGAGCCAAAGGUUCCCCAGUAUCUCCCAGAACAUCAAAAGGUUUUUUAGCAUCCUGUUUAUCAUCGUUCCACCGGCUCUCAACCCCAUUAUCUACGGUCUGGUCACUAAAGAGUUACGCACAAGCAUCAUCAAGCAGUUCACCACACGAGUCUCACACGUAAAGCCGCAGCAGGUCAAUACCCUCAGAUAAUUAAAUUGUAAACGGGAUUUUGAAAUGUGUAAUUGCACAUUUUAAGAUAAAUGAACACCACAUGUAAAAAUUAUAUAGCACUCUACAUAUUGUUGUU